GAGUUUGCAUGUGAGCGAUCAGACGGAUCAGACCGAACUAUGGCACCGGUUGCAGACCCCAGCUCUUUCUGUUCUUUGACAAAGUGCACCACAAAGCACUUGAAUCUGACCUUCCAAGUGGAUUUUGACAGCCAUGCCAUCAAAGGCAAAGUCGCUUUGACCAUAGAAGUGCUGGAGGAUAAACUCUCUUCUCUGACCCUUGACACGAAGGACCUGAAAAUCUCUAGCGUGACGGCCAAUGGACAGGCAGCCAGUUUCAACCUGGGCGCCCAACACCGCUUCAAGGGGGCCCCACUGGAGAUAAAACUGCCUUUCGCACUGUCCCGGGGUCAGCAUGUGAUCGUGGAGGUGACCUAUGAGACCUCUCCGAAGGCUUCAGCCCUGCAGUGGCUGAAACCCGAACAGACUGCUGGGAAGAAGCACCCCUACCUCUUCAGCCAGUGCCAGGCUACCCACUGCAGGACCAUGGUCCCUUGUCAGGACACUCCUUCGGUGAAGCACACCUACUACGCCCAGGUUUCUGUCCCCAGGGAACUGGUGGCUCUGAUGAGUGCUGUGCGUGACGGACAGGAGCCGGACCCCCAGGACAACAACCGGAUCAUCUACCGCUUCCGCCAAACGGUUCCAAUGCCGUCCUAUCUGAUCGCUCUUGUGGUGGGUGCCCUAGAAAACCGGGAGAUUGGUCCGCGGUCCAGGCUGUGGUCUGAGAAGGAGCUGGUGGACCAGGGUGCCUAUGAGUUUGCAGAGACGGAGUCCAUGUUGAAGACUGCAGAGCAGCUGGCCGGGCCCUAUGUCUGGGGCCAGUAUGACAUCCUGGUGCUUCCCCCCUCCUUUCCCUACGGGGGUAUGGAGAACCCCUGCCUCACCUUCGCCACGCCCACCCUGCUGGCCGGAGACAGGUCCUUGUCCAAUGUCAUCGCCCAUGAGAUCUCCCACAGCUGGACUGGAAACCUGGUGACCAAUAAGACCUGGGAGCACUUCUGGCUGAAUGAGGGUCACACGGUGUAUCUGGAGCGCAUGAUUGGCCGGUGUCUGGAGAACGAGCAGUUCAGACAGUUCUCCGCUAUCGGUGGCUGGAAGCACCUGCAGGAGUCGGUGGACACAUUUGGUGCGAAGAACCCGCUCACUAACCUGGUGCCCAAUCUGGAUGAUGUGGACACAGACGAGGCCUUCUCUUCUGUCCCGUACGAGAAGGGCUUCGCUCUGCUCUACCACCUGGAAGAGCUGAUGGGAGGUCCAGAGGUGUUCAUGGGCUUUGUCAAGUCCUACAUCCAGCUGUUUGCCUACAGCAGUGUCACCACUGAAGAGUGGAAGAGCUACCUGUUCACUUACUUCAAGGACAAGGUGGAUAUCCUGAACAAAGUGGACUGGACUGGGUGGAUGCACACCCCAGGGAUGCCUCCGGUCAAACCUCAGUAUGACACCACCCUCGCGGACGCCUGCGUCGCCCUGUGCAAGAGAUGGGUCCAGGCUAAAGACACGGACCUGGCUCGGUUCAGCGCGGCCGACGUGAAGGCGCUCUCCUCCCACCAGCUCAUCGAGCUCCUGGCUCUGCUUCUGCUGGAGGACCCCCUUCCUCAGUCGCACGUGAAGAGGAUGCAGGAGGUGUACAACAUGAACGCCAUCAAUAACUCCGAGAUACGAUUCAGGUGGCUGCGUCUGUGUGUGAGAGCCAAGUGGGAGGAGGCUGUUCCCCUGGCUUUCAAGAUGGCCACCGAGCAGGGACGCAUGAAGUUCACGCGUCCACUCUUCAGGGACCUCUACAACUUUGAGAAGUUCCGGGACGAAGCCGUCAGCACCUUCAUCAAGCACAGGGGAGGCAUGCACCCCGUCACCGCCAACCUGGUGGCCAAAGACCUGAAGGUGGACCAGCAGUAGAGCACAGGCUUCUGGGCCUGCUUCCAUGCCACAGCAGCGGAGAACUUUUCUCUCUCUCUCUCUUUCAUGCACACCUGUAAACUUCAGCCUGCCAACCUUAUCCGCAAAAGCUUUUUUUUUUUUUUCCUUAUGUUUUUAAAAAAAAGAUUGUAUCCCUCUCUGGCUGUUAACAAAAAUCCAAUCGUAAAGAAUAUUUUUUUGUACACACGUUUACACAGCGGAAACAAUGCUGGGAUCCUUUUUAUACCGCAUAAUUUCUGUUUCUUAAGAUCCCUGCAUCCAUAAUUAUCAGUAUUAACGCUUACCGUAUCCAUGGUAAUGUAAAACGGCAUUUAUUCUUUUCAGUGCACUGUUCCUGUUGUGCUUUUCAGCUGAGUCAGUAAUAAACAGGUGUCUGUUUCCACAUUGUGUGCUCCUCCCACUCACA